AUGACACAAACGAGGCUGGCGAUAAAUAGCAAUAACAAGUGCGCCCCACAAGACGGACAUCUCGUAUCAGCCAAUCGCAACAGUGAUUGCGGUUCCUGUGGGGAUCAGCAGGCGAGGGAAGCCUUCACUCUGCCAAGCCUAUCUGAAUUAUAUUGGGUGGGGCGCUGCACACCAACCCCCGCGGCCGGGAAACUCUCACCUGAGUUCACCACAUCAAGUGGUGGCCGACAGGGUUGUCCUCUCUCACAUUUCCUCUUCAAUUUAGCAAUUGAUACGAUCAUGGAAGCUUCACAACCAGCCUCUAAUACCAAAGGGGUCGAAGUGCUCCCUGGGCCUCCCCUCACAGACAUCGAAGGUGGCCAACCCUUGACUUGGCAGAGGAGUAUGAAGGAGAUCACGAAACGCUUGGGUUCUGUCGGUGCUACUCGCCUUCCAGGAUGGGGACCGCGUGAUCUUCACUGCGCCUGGUUGGAGACACUACAGGAUAUGGCUGCCAACCGAUAUAGUGAACUUUCGCCUAAGUUUGUUACACCAAGUGGUAUCCGACAGGGCUGUCCUCUUUCACCUUUCCUCUUCAACUUCGUCACUGAUACGAUCAUGGAAGACUCACCAUCAGCCUCUAAUGCCUGUGGGAUCAAAGUCCUCCUGGGGCGUGUGUUCACAGAAAUCGAGUACGAAAAAGACAAAGCUCUUCUUGGAUCUGACCCCGUGGUAAUUCAAACAGUAUUAAUUAAUCUAAUCACGAUUUGA